CGAGCUCCCAAAAGAUCUGCAAGCAGCACUCCUGAUGUGUCAGGAGCAAGGUGCUGAUUGUUCCAGGCAGAGAGAUGCUGGCUGUGAGCUGGACGAGAGUGAACUCUGCUCCAUUCGUGCAGUUGCGAAUGAGCCCCAGCAUCGCCAGCAGGGACCAGCAGCCGCGGUUCCACACCUGCCUGGGGCCCAAGAAGCCCCCUGGCAUCAGCAGGGGGAUGCCACUUGUGAGCGUGCACUGAGUGCAGAUGUGGAGAAUGGAUUCUGCACCAGUGAUGGGAGUGUGAGAGAGCCCCUGGCUCCCCAGGGCACAUCAGCAACCAAGAAUGAACACAAAAGGAACCUCAGAAGAUUCCUGGGUGAAUGGAUCAGGGGCCAUCCCGUGGGCACGGCGGUGCUGAUUCUGCUGCUCCUGGUGCUGGUGCUGGCUUUGGGGGUGGCCCUGGCUGUGCUGGCAGGUAAGGGAGGGGCAGCAGCCUGGGCCCAGCCCCUCGGGGCAGAGCGGGCUCCCUGCUCCCUGCACAGGGCAAUCCUCAGACCUUCUCCUCUUCCCCCUGCAGCACCACAUGUUCCAGUCACACCUGCAACUCCGCUGUUGGUUCUGGGCUGUCCCCAUGGCUGGGUUGGGUCCAAUGGGGUCUGCUACUACUUCUCACAGGAUUACGGCACCUGGGAUCAGGGUCAGGAACGGUGCUCCGAGCUCGGGGCCUCCCUGGCCAUUGCCAAGGAUGAGGAGGCCAUGGAUUUGCUCUUCCUCCUCCGUGGGAACGUCGAUUUCUGGCUUGGGCUGCGCAGACGGGGCGAGCGCCUGCACUGGGGGGACGGCAGCAGCUACAGCUCCCGGGUUCCUGUCCUCGGCAAUUCCCAGUGUGUGUACCUGGCUGAGAAGAGAUUGAGGAGUGACAACUGCUCCAAUGAGCGGCCGUAUCUCUGCAGCAAGGCCCCAGCUCCCCUGUAACAGGGGCUGCAGAAAGGACCUUCUCCACACUGGGCAGUGCCAGCUUCACCUCUGAGCCCAGCACAGCGCUGUCCUUCCUCAGCUGCAGCCUGUGCCUUGCCCUUCCUCUCAGGGUCACCUCAGUGCCUCUUCAUGCCCAGUGCCAACGCUGGGCUGGGGCUGCAAAGGAAAAGUCUCUGCAAUCCAUCCUGCCACCGGUGCUGCCUGCAGGGAGUGCAUUGCUCUCAUUAUAUGUGGGAAACAUGGCUCACUAUUUGCACUUUUUAUCAUAGUUUAUUAUGGGUUGAAAUCCCACCCUGGCAUGCUUGUCUGCUUGCUCCGGGUUAAUUUAAACUCUGUUUUCUAUGUACUGUUACAUAUUAGAGCUACAUGCAUAUUUAUAUGAGUUUUUAAGAAUCCUAACACAAAUUUGAAUUUACGUGCUCUUUUGGUUUUUUUUAACAUUUGUCUUGCCUUCAGGCCAUUUUUUAACUUAAACACUAUAUUGCGUGGUUUCUUGUGAUUCUAACUUUUUGUAUUUUCACUCCCUGAAAAUGAGGGUCAAUAAAGUCUUUUUUUUCCAUG